GCCUUCCACACUGUUGAGGUUUCUUCUUCAGCGAGUUCACUAUGUCUGGUCGUGGCAAGGGCGGUAAGGGUCUUGGCAAAGGCGGCGCCAAGCGCCACCGCAAAGUGCUGCGCGACAACAUCCAGGGCAUCACCAAGCCCGCCAUCCGCCGCCUGGCCCGGCGCGGAGGAGUGAAGCGCAUCUCCGGCCUCAUCUACGAGGAGACCCGCGGUGUGCUGAAGGUGUUCCUGGAGAACGUGAUCCGCGACGCCGUCACCUACACCGAGCACGCCAAGCGCAAGACCGUCACCGCCAUGGACGUGGUCUACGCGCUCAAGCGCCAGGGACGCACCCUCUACGGAUUCGGCGCACCGACGCCAUCUCACUUUUCCCUACGGUUAGUUGUCAUGGCUCGUACUAAGCAAACCGCUCGCAAGUCCACCGGCGGCAAGGCCCCGCGCAAGCAGCUGGCCACCAAGGCCGCCCGCAAGAGCGCCCCGGCCACCGGCGGCGUGAAGAAGCCUCACCGCUACCGCCCCGGCACCGUGGCCCUGCGCGAGAUCCGGCGCUACCAGAAGUCGACCGAGCUGCUGAUCCGCAAGCUGCCGUUCCAGCGCCUGGUGCGCGAGAUCGCGCAGGACUUCAAGACCGACCUGCGCUUCCAGAGCUCGGCCGUGAUGGCUCUGCAGGAGGCCUGUGAGGCCUACCUUGUGGGUCUGUUUGAGGACACCAACCUGUGCGCCAUCCACGCCAAGCGUUCUGCUAACAUGUCUGGACGCGGGAAAGGCGGCAAGGGUCUUGGUAAGGGCGGUGCUAAGCGCCACCGCAAAGUGCUGCGCGACAACAUCCAGGGCAUCACCAAGCCCGCCAUCCGCCGCCUGGCCCGGCGCGGAGGAGUGAAGCGCAUCUCCGGCCUCAUCUACGAGGAGACUCGCGGUGUGCUGAAGGUGUUCCUGGAGAACGUGAUCCGCGACGCCGUCACCUACACGGAGCACGCCAAGCGCAAGACCGUCACCGCCAUGGACGUGGUCUACGCGCUCAAGCGCCAGGGCCGCACCCUCUACGGAUUCGGCGGCUAAACCUAACCGUUUCUUUUUCCUCACCCAUAAACCAAAGGCCCUUUUCAGGGCCACU